CAGUCCCAGGAGAGCCUUGAUCAGCUAGUUCCCCAACGACAGGCGAUUCUGCAUCGGACGAGAUAGGCAGAAAUGACCGAGGCACCCUCGUCGUCGUCGUCUGCGAGACUGGCGCAGAAGCAGUUUGAGCUGGAGAACAACGUCGUCACGCUUGAUCCGCGUACCGAUGCCAUCUUCCACUAUGACAACGAUGAGCAGGUCCGGAUUCGCAACGACGCUCCCUGGAAGCGAGAUCCGCACUUCUUCCAGCGCGUGCGCAUCUCUUCGAUCGCACUGAUCAAGAUGAUGAUCCACACGCGCGCGGGCGGCAUCUACGAAGUCAUGGGCUCCAUGGUGGGCAAGGUGGACGUCGAGACGAGAACGAUCUACAUCAUGGAUGCCUUUGCGCUCCCCGUGCAGGGCACCGAGACGAGGGUCAAUGCGGGAGACGAGGCGUACGAGUUCAUGGUGCAGUGGCAAGAGAGCAGCCAGAGGAUUGGGAGAUUGGAGAAUACCAUUGGCUGGUAUCACUCGCACCCGGGGUAUGGCUGCUGGCUGAGCGGCAUCGAUGUCAGCACCCAGAUGACCAACCAGCAGUACCUCGACCCUUUCGUUGCUGUUGUGAUCGAUCCCAACCGCACCAUCUCGGCAGGCCGAGUCGACAUUGGCGCCUUUCGGACGUACCCCGAGGGCUACACCCCACCCGAGGCUGGUGCGAGCGAGUACCAGUCGAUUCCACUUAAUAAGAUCGAGGACUUUGGUGUCCAUGCCAACAGCUACUACCCCUUGAAGGUGGAGCACUUCAAGUCGUGCCUCGACACGCAGCUGCUCGACAUGCUCUGGAACAAGUACUGGGCCAACACGCUGGCCCAGAGCCCCGUCGUCGUCAAUCGGGCCUAUGCCGUGGGGCAAAUCCAAGACUUGGGCGAGAAGCUGUCGCGGGCGUGGCAAAGUGUGGGUAAAAAGGCGGGAACAUCAUAUAUGCAGCCAGCCGGAGGAGCACCGUCUACCGCGGCCACGACGGCGAGAGAGGAUCAGGGAGUGUCCGGUGCAGGAGUCGCCGGGGCCACUGAUGCAGGAUCGGCCAAUGGCAUCGCGGGCGUCGAUGGAGCAGGGUCCGCCGUCGAUGCCAAGGCGGAGCGUAUCGACAAGAUGAUCAACGACAUGGCAAAGAAGGAAAAGGAUACGCCGCUGGCCAAGGCGGCCAACGACGGGCUAAAGAUCUCGAUGGAGGCCCACAACGGCCUGGUGAGCCAGGUGCUAAAGGAUGUUCUCUUCAACAAGUCGGCCACGGGUGCUCCCUUGCCUCCCUCGCACUAGCAUAGAAGUGGGCACAAGGCAAGA